GACUCCACUGUCGUAGAUAUGCUGGUUUCUGAAAUCUAUUUCGUUUUUUGUGACCAGUGAUAUGCACAAGGUGUUAUUAUACUAGAAUUACCUGCAGUUAAAUUAGUUUUCGUCGGACAGUUUAAGUGAUUGUUUGGUGUGGUUUAGUAAUUGUUUUAUGUGGUUAUGUCCGAAUAAUGAAUAAACGUAAGGUCCAAAUAGCUGAUGAAGUUCCAACGAUUGUGGUGGAUUCAUCUUCAAGGAACGACUUACCUUUUGCGGACGAAGAAUCUACAUUACUUCAAAAUGAGGGAUCCACGGAGGAACCUGAGCAUGAGAAACUGGAUAGAAGAGAUUCUUUGAGAAGAAAUAGUAUUUCACUGCCGAAUUUGGAUGAUCUUGAUGUGUUAAAGCAGAAAGUUGCAGCGUUAUCCGAAAGCCCAGAAGAUGAACUUUCGGAAGAUGAAGAAAUUACUACAUUCAGAACUCCCUUGCGUAAUGCGAGAAGAAAAUCAGUCACUAGUCCAAGGAUGCUUAGACCACCCGGAGAUGAAGAAUCUGGAAGCAAUUCCCCAGCCCACUCUGUUACGUCAAAUAACUCAUUUGCUAGCUUAUUACGGGAAAAAAUUCAAGUCGUACCAGAGGUGUGGAAAAAGAAAUCACCAGACUACAAAACUCGGAUAUUCGUUGGGAUAUUAUUCAUUACAAUAGUCGUAUUAAUAAUAUGUGCUUAUUUCCUCUACCACCAAAAAAUUCUACAUAAAGCUUAUUUUGAAAAAAUCAAAUUAAACAAUGUAAAGAAAGUUAUGAGGAUAUACGACGAUGACGGAGUAGAAGUAAUUAAAGUCCGAUUAGGAACAACACUAAAUUAUGAUAAAAGUCUGCCGUGUCUUCCCGAGCAUGUGAAAAAUGACAGCAGUAAAUGUUUAGAAUGGAUGCACAACGCGCGACUUUACAUUAAUGGAUACAAGUAUCGCAACCUUAAAUGUUAUAACAUCCACUGGAUUUCUUUAUCUAAACGUACGGAUCCUACCGAUUGUUUCAUCAUGAAUGGGGAUCACUGGUAUGGAGGCGGUCAAACUGCUGAAAACGCAUGGCCUUUGGAAAAAGGAAAUCACACAUUCCACCCGUUUAUAACAGGAACAGUUGACAAACACGAAUGGGGCAACGUUUUAAAACGUUAUUUUAUUUCUUCUAAAGGGGCAGUCGUCAUGAUAGACAACGAAUCUCCUUUGUAUGUCUCCGUAACGGAAAAAGAAUUGUGUCUUCGAGCCAAAUACGACGAUUUUGCGUUCGCCAAUAAAUUUACACCUACAGCUGAGUUGAACUACAGCAUAUGUGCGUCUAAUAAUAUGUCACAGCUUCAUUCUAAAUUUGCAGAGAGUUCGCGUUGGGAUGAGUUGAGAAAAGAAGACAAUGAUUUUAUUAAUAAAAUGAUUGCGGAACCACUGUGGGAAGUGACAACUGCAACCAAAGAGGAACUCACUGUUGAUACACUCAAUGCAUUUUCGAUUGCCAUUACGAAUAUUACGGAAAAAAUCAGUAAAUCAGAAGAGGGAAACAUUUUGAAGUUAGGACACAUACUCAUUAACGAAUUCUGGCAAAAACACAUCGGAGAUUUUGAAUUAGAUGAGACGCGGUUUCCUUCUCCCGAAGAGACAGUCGAGAAACUUCAUAGAAGAGGGUUUGGAAUUGUGUUCUCAAUACAACCUUACAUUUCCACCGAAAGCUCUAAUUUUGCUGAAGCAGUAGAAAGGGGCUUAUUGGUAUCGGAGAGAUUUAGUGACAGAAGAAUUCCGGCCUUGACAAGAUACAAAACAUUACAAAGUGCCGGUGUACUGGACGUUACGAAUAAUCGUAGUGUUACAUGGAUAUCAAAGAAGUUAAAGAAUAUUACAGAAAAAUAUAAAAUUAAACUGUUCAACUUGGAUGUAGGUACUGCUUAUAAUAUGCCACAUUAUUAUCAAUGUGAAAAACUACUUCUCAAUCCGGAUCAAUACAAAACACUGUUUGUUAAAAGUCUGCAAAAUGAAAUAAGCAUUUUUGGAGUUAACAGUGCGAUUGAAAGACCUCCGCCACCUACAUUUGUGUUUUUACCUCCAUUUGAGUCCUCUUGGGAAGGACUUCGAAGAGUAAUUCCUACGAUUCUGACCUACGGUAUUCUUGGUUUUCCAUUUAUUAUUCCCGGAGCAGUUGGUGGUGAUUUUAAACCAACACAAAAACUAAAACACUCCAAUGGUACUGAAGAGGAAGUAUUGGACGAGGAAUUGUAUAUUAGAUGGCUGCAACUAUCUACAUUUUUACCCGUGUUAAGGUUUAAUAAGAUUCCUAGUGGUAGUAAGAAGUUUUUGGAUUUGGAUAUACAAUGGGCAGCAUUCAGACACAAAGAGGUUUCUCCGGUCCUAAAGAGGUUCUCAAAUGAUGCCAUUGUUUAUGGAUAUCCAAUAAUAAGACCUCUCUGGAUGUUAGAUUCGAAUGAUCCGGCUUGUCACACUGUCACGGAUGAAUUUUCGAUAGGGGAUAACUUAAUUGUUGCUCCGAUUUUGCAUGCCGGCGCCAGGGAAAGAGAAAUAUACUUACCAGCUGGCGUCUGGAGAGAUGGAAUCGACGAGAGUUUGAAGAGGGGUAGUAGGUGGAUUCACGACUAUAAAGUUGAUGAAGGAAAAAUUGCUUAUUUUGUAAAGAUAACAGAUAAAAUGCAAGGUUUUAGAAUGUAGCAUGUUGUCAUUUUUAGACUUUUUCGUUAUUUAUAUUCUCAUUCAUUCCUUCUAUUGUGAUAAUCUUUAUUAAUAAACCAUUUAGACUGAUUA